CCACAGCAGCUGGGGGCGCAGUGUUAAGCAGGGAGGACCCACCCUGGUCCCACCCUGGUCCCACAGACACUCAUCAGCUUCUGCAACCGCGUCGCUGCGCUGCGGAGGACGCGCUGCACAGAGCGGAAGAUGGCGACUGUUUGGAGGCUGCAGAGGAACCUCCGGAGCUGAUACCGGGGGGAAGGAGAGGAAAUACACACACAGUCAGAGCCCAGCACAGGCCCCAGUCUACAACAACGACAAUAAUGUCCCGCUCCCAUGAUAAUGAGGAUGGAUGCUUUGUUGCCAUGGAUACAGAGGACGAUGGUGCAGAGCCUGCGGGGAUAACGGAGGAAGAGGAGGCAAACAUGGGGUCCUGCCGACAAGAAGGGAACAUGGACAGUGGUGCCAAAGGAAGGGGGAGAACGAUGGAGGAGUUGCCAGAGGAAGUUCUUGAAUAUAUUCUGUCUUUCCUCUCACCUUACCAGGAGCACAAGACUGCUGCGCUUGUAUGUAAGCAGUGGUAUCGCCUCAUUAAAGGCGUUGCUUAUCAGUGCUACCACGGUUUCUUGAGAGCUGUCCAGGAAGGAAAUAUCCAAUGGGAAAGUCGCACGUACCCAUAUCCAGGAACCCCGAUCACUCAGCGCUUCUCACACAGUGCAUGUUAUUAUGACUCAAACCAGUCCAUGUAUGUAUUUGGGGGUUGCACUCAGAGUAGCUGCAAUGCUGCCUUCAAUGAUCUGUGGAGACUUGACCUCAACAGCAAGGAGUGGAUCCGCCCUUUAGCCUCAGGCUCUUAUCCAUCUCCGAAAGCUGGGGCGACUCUAGUGAUGCACAAAGAUCUGUUAGUGCUAUUUGGAGGAUGGACUCGGCCCAGCCCAUAUCCACUGCACCAACCAGAAAGGUUUUUUGAUGAAAUCCACACCUACUCUCCUUCAAAGAACUGGUGGAACUGUAUAGUAACAACACAUGGACCUCCACCUAUGGCUGGCCACUCUUCCUCUGUGAUUGGAAACACCAUGGUGGUGUUUGGGGGAUCACUAGGAGCCCGGCAAAUGAGCAAUGAAGUCUGGGUUCUGGAUCUGGAACAGUGGUCCUGGUCCAAACCUCCCAUAUCUGGCCCAUCACCCCACCCACGAGGAGGCCAAUCACAAAUUGUGAUUGACGAACAGACGUUGCUCAUCUUGGGAGGCUGUGGAGGUCCUAAUGCACUCCUUAAAGAUGCCUGGCUCCUCCACAUGGACACACCACCAUGGAGGUGGCAGCAGCUGCAGGUGGAAAACGAGGACCAUGGGGCCCCGGAGCUGUGGUGUCACCCAGCUUGUAGAGUGGGCCAGUGUGUGGUGGUUUUCUCCCAGGCUCCAUCUGGCCGUGCACCGCUCAGCCCGAGUCUUAACUCCCGGCCCUCCCCAAUAAGUGCCACACCUGCCCCUCUGGGCCCCGAACCGCCUUCCCUGCGCUCCCAUUCUCCUGUUCGGAGCGGGGCUGCCGGUGUUGUCCUGGGAGCCGUCGAAGAGGCUCCGUGUGUUAAUGGACGGUGGGGCACGCUGAGACCUCGGCCUUCAGCGAGAGGAGGUGCCAGAGAAGGCAGCCCAUCCUCGUCCCAACAGCCGUCUCCUUCACAAGGCCCAGACAGCCCUCCUCUUCCUCCACUGCCCCCCUUAUUAAAUGGAUCCUCCCCUUCACCGAGGACCAGCCCAGCCCAGGCUGCAUCUCCCUCCUCUCGCCCCCUCCCACCUGCCUCCACAGACUUUGGCUGGGAGUCUCCCCCUUCUGCCGCUCACCACCCUGAGGUGCCCAGCACCAAUGGCCUGCAUACACCUCCUGCAGGCUCCCCACACACUCCCCCGGGAGCAGUGUCCCCCGCUGCCUUACGACGAGGUCUGGAGGCAGUGAAAAACAAAUCUUCCUCUUUACCAUCUUCAUCGUCAUCGCCUUCCCUUCAGACGCCGGGGGCUUCUCCUGGAGGAGGUGGUGGUGGAGGUGUAGGAGCGGGUCCUCCUGGAACCCCUCCUUCAUCGUCCUCCAGCCCUCCACAGGCUGCUGGAGCUGAUGGACAUGCUAUCCCACCUAUUGCACGGCGCCUUGGCCAUCACCCACCCCAAAGCCUGAACGUAGGGAAACCUCUGUACCAGUCUCUCAACUGCAAGCCCAUGCAGAUGUACGUGUUGGAUGUGUCCCGGGCCAAGUCUGCCAGGGUGGUGUCCUGGAGAGUUUAUGGAAACGGGACUCCUGCUGCAGUCACAGGGCCUCCUGAGACCAGCCUUCACACAGUGGUACAGGGCAGAGGAGAGCUCAUCAUUUUUGGGGGCCUCAUGGACAAGAAACAGAAUGUGAAGUACUACCCUAAAACCAAUGCCUUGUACUUUGUACGAGCUAAAAGGUAAUGCAGCUCCAGGCGGCAGUAAGUCAGACGCUCCACCCUGUAACCACACAAGGGAAUUGACACACAAGGCCUUUUUCCUGUAGAGAGGAUUAUGGGAAAAUAACAUAAUCAUUGUUAGACGUUCCACUUCAUAAAUCCACUAUUCUCCCUUCUGCCUACUGCAAGCAUUCAAAAUAAAUCUCUUUAACUACACUUUGAUAAAAAAUAUUUGGUUGAAUGAGAAUCCUGAUUGUGUGUAUGGGUGUGUGUGUGACUGCAGUGAUUAGAGAGAACAGGACCUUUUUUUUUUCCUUUUUUUUUUGUUGUUCCCCAAAAGGUGAUCAGCCAAACAAUAACAUUUCCGUUUUUCUGUUUGACCUCCUUUGAACUCUUGUAACAGAGGAACUCUGGGAGAACGGACGCAGAAACGAUUGACGACUACCUUGCUUUUUGUAUCACUCUUUAAGCCUGCAAUGUUUACAUUGAAAACAGUGUGUGUGUGUGUGUGUGUGUGUGUGUGUGUGUGUGUGUGUUAUACGAGCACGUGGUGGUUAAAAGUUGUUGACUAAUGUGUGUCGGCAGCCAUGGUGGGUGAGAGAUGUGGCACUGUACUAUAAACAUAGUUAAACAAUAAAGGCCUCCAUGUCUGCUCUGCCACAGUCUUCAUAUUCCUUCUGUGUGUUUGUGUGUUUAUCAAAUGUUUCUGCUUUUCUUUUUGGCGAUUACAUUACAUUACAUAUUUUUAUUUUAUCACACAUCUUCAUCAGCAGAUGGAGGUUGCAGAGUUGUCAUUGAUAUUGAGAUGUUCAUAUUUAGCAUGAAUUUUCAUCAUUAGCUUAAUCUCAAUUUAAACAGAUGUGGAUGAGAAGUAUUGAAGCAAAGAAAAGCAGUAAUUAUUAGAAUUUUUAUGAGCAACUGAAAACCAAAAUAUGGGAUUUAAUAACUACUCUUACAUUUCACGUUAGUAAUUUUAUGUGGUGCAAUUAUUUGCAUGAUUUUAGGGUUCUUGGUCUUUAGAGUUGCUCGAAUUGGGAUUAAUUCAGUCACUAAAAUUCAAGAAGAAAAUUGCCAAAGCUGUACGUCUGGGCUUUUGUUGCUCCUACGGGAGUUAUUGUAGCCUGAUUACAAGAUUAAGACUUGAAAUUAAAAAUUCCAAAUUGUGAAUACUUAACAAACCAAACAAAGUAUGGUCGCCUCACAUCAGACAAAGACCAUAGUUCAAUGUUAUUAAACCCAAGCUGAAUGGAUAUUGUGUGAUCAUGUCAAUUUUUUAAUCCUUGCACCACCAACUCUGG